AUGGGUAUCAAAUAUACUAUUCAACACAUAUGUUUAAUGGUUCUUCUGUUUGACAUAGUUCAUUCAAAAUGUAACCGCCACAAUCAUCCCGCAUUUAUACCGACUCCGAUAAAUGUUACAAGCAAUGAUGCUUUUAAACGCCCCGCAUUUGCCAUUGGCACUGAUGCUAGGCAGAAAUUUUCCAACACAGACGCUUUGGUACAUGUAUCUACAUGGUAUGGCGCUACUUUGUUGUACAAUAUUUAUAACAAGCAGGCGUUGAAUAUUGUUAAAUUGCCUAACACGAUUGCUGCCAUGCAAAUGUGUAUUGGGAUUCCUGGGAUAUUGUAUAAUUGGGUGUUUAACCCUGGUUUUAGGCCAAGAUUGACGUCAAAGCAGCAGGUUAUACAGGGAAAGGUGCCUAUUAAUACAUUCAAAAACUCUCCUUCCGCAUCAAUUCUAAAACAGGGCGCAUUCAACGCUCUAUCCCACGGACUAUCAGUUUACGCCUUAUCCCAGGGUUCCCCUGCCAUGGUACAUACCAUAAAAUCACUUGAGCCCUUAUUCACUUCUACAAUUUCCUACUUUUCAUUGGGGACAAAAUUGCCAAUUGGAUCUUACUUAUCCCUAAUACCCAUAGUUGCAGGUGUGGGUUUAGCAUCAUAUGGUGGAGCAGAUAUUAGUAAAAAGGCAAUUUAUGCUACCCUAGCGGCCAAUUUAUUCUCUAGCUUGAAGAAUAUUGAGGCAAAGAAGUUUUAUGCUAAUGAUAUUUCGGGUCAAAACCUGACUCCAAGCAACGUGCAUACACUAGUCUCAUUGUCAUCACUUUUAUUUUUGGUGCCACUGUCAUUAAGUGAAUACUCUAGUAUGGAUCCACUAUUUAGAAUGGCUUCUAAAUACAACAAGACUGAAUUAUUCAAUUUCUUGAAAUAUGUAACACUUUCUGGCAUCGCUUACAAUGUGUACAACAGAGUGUCAUUUUUGACUUUAACAGCUUUGGGACCAAUUACGCAUGCCGUGGCUAAUACUUUCAAACGCAUCUUCAUAAUAGCUUCCAGUGCUUUGCUUAUUGACAAGAAAUUUUCGCAGAAUACGGCAAUUGGGUCAGCACUCGCUGUUUUGGGCACUUUAGGUUACUCAUUGGCUAAAAAUUUGAGCUAA